AAAAAUGAAAAAAAAAAAAAGAAAAGACGUCUGAAUAUUCUAAGGAUUCUGAAUUUCAGUAAUUUUCUUCCCUAGUUCAUCUCUUACGAGCUUAGAGAUUGAUCGAAAGUUGGAUCGAUGGCGGCGACGGUGAAUGUGAGGAAGAUGCUAACGGUAUCAGCAGCUGUGAUGUGCGCCAUGGCGGCGGCGUCUUUAUGCGGGGCCUCGUCUUCCCCCGAAUCGCUCUUCGUCAAGAAGACCAUCGCGUCGCAUCAGAUCGUCAUCUUCUCCAAGUCCUAUUGCCCGUACUGUAGAAGGGCAAAAGCUGUUUUCGAGGAAUUGAAGAAAGUUCCUCAUGUUGUUGAGCUGGAUCGGAGAGAUGAUGGACGUGAAAUCCAAGAUGCUGUUGGUGAACUUGUUGGAAGGCACACUGUACCUCAAGUGUUCAUUGAUGGAAAACACAUAGGUGGAUCAGAUGAUACUGUUGCUGCAUAUGAGAGUGGAAAAUUGAGCAAACUCCUGGGCAUUAAGGAAGAGGAUAGAGCAGAUCUCUGAAAUCAAACCAUCAAUUGUAAGCAGAUAUCUUUGCACCUACAGAAUAUAUUUUGCUUGAAUCAUCUGCUCAAUUGUAACUCUUAACACUGCGAGAUAGUAUUUUGUCUCGGAAAUAGAGCACCAAAGCCUGUUUUUUUCCUCCCUCUCUCUCACUCUCUCGGAUAAAUAAGAAUUAUUUAGAUUGUUAAUGUAGUCUAAACAUGUUUUUGAUUACUAUUACCUCUGAAAAUCAUAUACUUUAAA